AUCAAACGGUAUAUAAACUCGCGUCCUGUCCCUGUUCGUUUCCGCGAUCGAUCAUCAACACCAGCAAACCACCUUUUCGUUUCCUGCAGCAUCACAUUCUGCGCAGAUGCAUGACCCCUCACCAGCGUUCGCAGCUGAGAACAAACAACGCCACAUUUCCUCUAUUCUCGAACCCAACAUGCAGAAAGUGGUCGCCACUGCUGCAGUUCGAGUCUACAACGCGCCUUUCAAUAAUCCCCAUUUAAACUGGAGCUACUCUAAGCUCAAAGGAAUCGUAGUCUUCGGACGUGAUCGAGACGCACCCCAUGGCACGUCUCCCCCCAAGCGAGGCGGUCAUGGCUUGCGUCUCAAGGAAAAAUACUGGUUUCGCCUCGUUGACACGAAGACCGACCGUGUGGUUUGGACGUUCUACAUUCCCGAGGUCUUCGAGUACACGAGAGACAAGCCUUUCUUUCACUAUUUCUCUGGAACAAGUCGCAUGUUCGGACUUUGCUUCGACGAAGACGAGGAAGCAAAUGUCUUCUACAAAAAAGUCUCGGAUCGGACGCGACACCACUUCUUCCAGCCCUUCCUCUUCAAAUCCGUCAAAAAGAACAAGAAAGAGAAGCAGAAGGUGCCCCAAUCUUCUCCAGUGAGCCCUCGGAUAAUCUCCAGCCCCGCACCCCACUCCUUUGUCCAUGUGGCACAUGUCGGAAUCUCCACUAGAGGCAUCAUCGAAUCUUCCAGGAAUAUCGAACCCACCUGGUCGAGACUGAUUGCGGACCUUCAGGGUUGUGGGAUCGCGCCGGAAAUCGUCCAAGAUAACAAGGAUUUUGUGGAAGGGUUUCUUACCGGUGCUAAGUCAAUGACGGAGAAAUCAGCAGCUGUGCAGCACCAGCCAACACCAACUUCCCCAGCGCCACCCGAAAAGAAGCGCAAAAUCCGAAGAAAAACUGUCACCAUUCUUUAACGCGUCUUUCUGUUCCGUUCUAGUAAUGUGUACAAUCUUUAGUCUUUCCUAUCAUACUAAUGCUUUUGAAUGAUGUCUAUCGCAUACAUAUGCGUUAUUUCUUGUUUUACAUUGAUUGCAUAUUAUGGCACUGUAAUGAUAAACAUAACAACAUGAAUUCUAAAGAUCUCUAAGUCUGUA